AUUCUUGAUCUGACAUUCACCAUGUCUGAAGAAAUCACCACCGCUGUCGAAUUACUGGAAAGUAUCGGAACCGCUGUCAAUGCGAUCUCAGACAACCUUGGGGCCAAUAGACUCGAUAGGGUGGCUUUCCGAAAAUGUCUUUACGAUUACUCUGAUCGCGCUGCGUCCGAUAGCCGACUCAUCGACGCUGCGAGGCAAAACGUUCGAUGUGCCAACCGUGCCUUGUUUCUAGCCCAGGCCCAUAUGGAGUUGAUAUGCUGGCUGGCAGAGAACAAUUAUACCAUCUCAUCGACGUCUAUCAAAUGGUACAGCUGGAAGAAAUUAUUCGCGAAAUACCGCCUGCCCCUACUCGGAGUUUCGUCACAGACGUCCCAUUUAAGAAGCCGACUGCAGAGUGUGAAGAAUAUAGCAAGUCAAGUAUAUACAGAUCUUGACGACGCCAAUAUCCCGACCGUGCUAGAUUCUAUUGUUAAAUACCGCAAAAUCCGGGGUCCGCCAGUUGAGUCUCCGCCAGAAGCAAUUCAAGACCUUAUUCAUCGGGCCAUCAUUGCCCGCAAGCAGCUCUCCCAGUGAUCAAAAGUGUCGCGGAUCUUGACGUUUGACUUUCCAGCCUUGAAGGCAUCACACAAAAACAGCGCACUCUUUAAAAUCCAGUAUAUUUCGCAAUAUCAGCCUCAAACAGGCUUUGUGUCACAAGGGUGCCAUAGUGCAGCUUGAUUAACGGACAUUACGGUGACAAAAUGAUGAACCUCAUAUAACGCUUGUCUAAAAGCAGUAACCA